CCGCGAUGCUGGGCGUCGUGGAGCUGCUGCUGCUUGGGGCGGCGUGGCUGGCGGGCCCGGCCCGCGGGCAGAAUGAGACGGAGCCCAUCGUGCUGGAGGGCAAGUGCCUGGUGGUGUGCGACUCCAACCCCACGUCGGAUCCCACGGGCACCGCUCUGGGCAUCUCCGUGCGCUCCGGCAGCGCCAAGGUGGCUUUCUCCGCCAUCAGAAGCACGAACCACGAGCCGUCCGAGAUGAGUAAUCGCACUAUGAUCAUCUACUUCGACCAGGUACUAGUGAACAUCGGGAACAACUUUGACUCAGAACGCAGCACUUUCAUCGCCCCGCGCAAAGGGAUCUACAGUUUUAACUUCCACGUGGUAAAAGUCUACAACAGACAGACCAUCCAGGUGAGCCUCAUGUUAAACGGGUGGCCGGUGAUUUCAGCGUUCGCUGGUGACCAGGACGUGACCCGAGAGGCCGCCAGCAACGGAGUCCUAAUCCAGAUGGAGAAAGGCGACCGUGCAUACCUCAAGCUGGAGCGGGGGAACUUGAUGGGGGGCUGGAAGUACUCGACCUUCUCUGGAUUUCUCGUGUUUCCCCUCUGACUGGCUCAGCGCCGAAUGGAGGCAGGGAGAGGGCGAAGGCAGGAGGGGGAAUGAGGAAGGCUGAAAUGUAGAGGAGGAGAAAGCGGCACGACUUGAAACUUCCCACAUGUUCCCCAGCUGUAUCCGGUGAAAGGCGUGCGCAGGCGGUCGGACGAUUUGUCCGUUUACUCAUUAAGUAAAUUUCACUUAGCUCUGCGCACGCCCAUUUCCAAAAAUAAACUCGCCUCCCCCGUUUCAGUUGCAGUAAUGAAGAAAGACUGUCUUGCCGUUGUUUCUUACCCCACGUUCAUGUUCCCUACGAUUUAUAGAAAAGAAACUUUGUAUUUCACUGUAUAGUGUGAAAUAUCUUUCUCCCCGGUCCCCUGCUGAAAUCUAAUAUGCCCCUCCCCCUUUUUAGUUGAGAUGGGGUAAGAUUUUUUUUUUUUGGAUGGGAGAGGUAGUUUUAAUUUGGCAAGUGUUGCUGUUCUUAAAACACUGCUCAAGAGUUAAUUAGCUGAAGACACUUUGUGUCCUCGGCUGCUUGUUAGCAGAGAAAGGACUCACCUUAGUGGUGACUGGUUUAAACAUAUAUAUAUAAAUAUAUAUCAUUUGUACACGAAGAACUCUUCCCAGUGGAAACUGGCUGUAUUUCCGUAUUUCUAUGUCCUAUUCGGAGUGAUCGUGAAAUCUAAGGCUGCUUGAUGUUCUGAUGCUUGUCGAUGCCCUCGUGUUCUGUGGCUCCACUAACCACCAGGAGGUUCUUCCGGACGAUCCCUCGUCCUCUGUAACAUACGUGUGAAUAGCCAAGAUUUAAUUUUGCUUUAAUCCAAUAAAGUCGAAGUGGGAAUUUUAUUUUUCUGAAACAGCUUUCUAAACUCCGCACCUUCCCCAGCUGCGAGGUUUGGGGGCGGGGGUGAGGAAGGGCGAGUUUCAGAGUGUGCGCGACUGGCUAGAACGCGACCCGAGCGAGGCCGCCACGCGGGCUUCCGCGCAGAGCUGGCCGGCGCUCCUCCCCGCGCCAGGCCCAGGGCCAGCCCUGCCCUCGCCUGUGCUCCCUGCUUUGGCGCAAACGUAGGAAAUUUGGCCGAAAUCUUUCGAGGCCAGGCAGGGCUGCCGGCCUGAAAGCGCAGUUUGGGUUUUUCGAAGUCCACUUGCAUCAGGAAUAAUCCAACCAGAGGAGCUGGAACCAGCGUGCGGCGAACGGAGCGCUUCCCACGCCUCUGCCCCAGGGCUUCUCCCGCCGUUGGCUCUUCCGUUCCCGAAGCAGCGUUUUUGUCCACGGCUCUGAAUCCCAGCCCCGCCCGCCAUACCACCCGGGCGCCCAGGACCUGUGAUUGUGCUCAUCGCAGGGCUUUUAAUCCAGAAGUUCGUCCAGGAGUUUUGAUUGUAUCGGAACAUAAUGUGAAAACAAAAUUGAAAUAAACGACUUCGUUUUAA